GGAAAGAGCCGUGUGGGCUUGGCGUUCCGAGCGGCUUCACGACUCCAGGGCUUGGAGCGGUCGCUGAGUCAGACACUAAUAUUAGCUUUUGCAGAAGAGAAAUGGAGGAGCCAUAGAACCUUAAGGAUGAAUUCAGGGAGACCUGAGACCAUGGAAAACUUGCCUGCACUCUACACGAUUUUCCAAGGAGAGGUUGCUAUGGUGACAGACUAUGGAGCCUUUAUCAAAAUCCCAGGAUGUCGGAAGCAAGGUCUGGUUCAUCGAACUCACAUGUCAUCCUGUCGGGUUGAUAAGCCCUCUGAGAUAGUAGAUGUUGGAGAUAAAGUGUGGGUGAAGCUUAUUGGCCGAGAGAUGAAAAAUGAUAGGAUAAAAGUAUCCCUCUCCAUGAAAGUUGUCAACCAAGGAACUGGGAAAGACCUUGAUCCCAACAACGUUAUCAUUGAGCAAGAAGAGAGGCGGAGGCGGUCCUUCCAGGAUUACACAGGGCAGAAGAUCACCCUCGAGGCUGUCCUGAACACUACCUGCAAGAAGUGUGGCUGUAAAGGCCACUUUGCAAAGGAUUGUUUCAUGCAGCCAGGGGGGACCAAAUAUGCUCUCAUCCCCGAUGAAGAAGAGGAGAAAGAAGAAGCAAAGUCAGCAGAAUUUGAGAAGCCUGAUCCCACAAAGAAUUCCUCCAGAAAAAGAAAGAAGGAAAAGAAGAAAAAGAAGCAUCGAGACAGGAAGUCAUCUGACUCUGAUAGCUCAGACUCGGACAGUGACACUGGCAAGAGGGCAAGGCAUGCCUCAAAAGACAGCAAGGCAUCAAGGAAGAAGAAGAAGAAGAAGAAGCACAAGAAGAAGCACAAGGAGUGAGCAGAGAACAAGUGGGGGUGAGGGGCAAUGAGGGCCAGGAGCUCUGUGCUUGAUGCUCUGGUUCCUGGAAAGACUCAGUAGUGAGAAGGUGGCCUCCCACCCCAUUGACUUUUCUCCCAGAAAUGGCUUCUUCAUGCAGCAGGCAGAUUUGGGAGCUAGAGGCCAAAAGCAGCUGCCUGAAUUGAGUUUUCUAUUGUUCCUGAUUCCUUUGCAAGUGACCCCUGCAACCCACCCACUCAUUCACCUAGCUUCUUUCAUACAGCUGCCACUGCCAGAGCUGGCUUCCUUUGCAGUCCAGUCUUGAGCCACAGGAAGUGCUAUAGAGGUGAACCUGGCUGUUGCUGGGGAUGUGAUGGACCCCUUCCUGUUGGUCUGUAUUGGCCAGUUCGUAGGUAGUCUCUGCUGCCCCAUCCAGGGUGGGAGCAGGAGGCAGGAGGCCGGCAGCAGGUGGGAGAACAUGGGAAGGAGUGGCAUUCACUCUUUCCAUUCCCUCAACAUGGUUCCCCUGAGCUAGAAGUGACAACCAGAAAACAGUCAUUUGCAGUGUGACUUAUCUUGUGUAUGACAUUCCAGCAGACCACUAAACCAGACAUCAGAAGUCAAGAUCAUUGCUCUAUUUUCUAUUUAUUACUAUUUGAAUCUAAUUGUACUUCAGGCCUCUGCUUAAAUUCCUGGCACUAAAUGGAAGUGUUUGGUUUUAAA